ACCAAGUCUGUGCAACUACAGUGCUCAUUAAACAGUUCCUUCUACCUAAGAAUUGUGUUUGCGUUAUAAGUAUAAAUACAGUUAAGUCGAUAACCGAAAAAUCAACGUAAAAAUCGUACAAGUACGCGAAAGACUCAGUAGUUUGUGUUGUGAAUUUUGAAGUUUAAAGUCAAGUAAGUUAGUUCUUUGGAAAAAAUGUUAAACAUGAAGAAGCGAGAUAUAAUCAAAAAGUGUUUUAAUGGUAGCAAUGGAGCUGGCGGCAGACCGAAGCUUCAUAAGUCACUGAUAAAAUGGAUUCAGAAGAUUCACGUGAAGCGUCUUCUGGCAACGAAAGUGAUAGAAAAGGACCACGUAGUCCAAGCAGUUCCAGAUCUAGAAGCCGAAAUUCACAAGCCGGUUCUGUUAUAAGUAGAUCUGCGUCACCACAAAGCGGUCCAGAAUCUCCUCGAUCGCCGGGUGCAAGAUCUGCUUUAAGUCGAUCUUCUUCGCCAGAUAGUAGAUCUGAAACACACUCCCGAUCAAGAAGCAGAGUAAAGUCGCCAGGAAAUGCUUCGUCACAUAGUUCACCAGCAAGUCGCACCCGCUCUCCUAAUUCACCAGACUAUCACCCAAAAUCGCCUGUGAAUGGAGACGGUCCGCGAUCUCCAUCUCCUGCGAAUUCAUCUCGCUCUAGCUCACCUGGUGAUCCUAAAAGUCCUGUUUCAAACAAUGAAGAUAAACAUUCAGUAAAGUCAGCUAGUAGUCGUAGCUCUAAUAAGUCUAUUUCACCUGACAGAGUCACAAAUGUUUCUGGCGGGUCAGGUUCAUCACGCGGUUCAAGAACGGCUAAAAGGUCAGAUCAUGAAGAUGGAAACACUUCAGAUUCUAGUGUGGCUAGUAUCGAUUCAUCAAGCCGUAAAAAUAAAAAUAUUACAAAGAAUGUUGAUACGCUACCGGAAGAAAUUUCAGAUGGUGACAUGGAAUCUGAUCAUGAAAAGGAAGUAAUUGUUAAAGAAAAAGAAGUUAAAGAAGUGAGAAGAGAAAUUAAUAUUAAUCAUGAAGACUUGUCUGACGUAUCUGAUUUGGAUGAGUCAAUUGGAGGGCCUUCUGACGACGAAUGUGAUAAUAAAGAAGACAGAAAACAAAAUGGUGAGACAAAAAAAGAUGACUCGGAACUAUCGAUUCCUGAGAAAUCAAACCGAGCAGAGGAUGGUGAAGAGCAGUUGGAUUUUGAAGCAGAAGAUGGUGAAUGUGAGAUGGAAGACAAGAAGGAGAAAGAGGACAAAGACACAGGGUCUAUUAUAGAAGAUGGUGAAACGGCUGAUCAAAGAGAAAAAGAACGAGAUGAGCUUGAAGAAGGUGAAGUUACAGAUGAAGAUGAAGUGAGACCUGAAGAAACAGAACCCAGACCCGUUUGUAGAUUUUUCUCAAGAGGACAGUGUACAUGGGGAGCAAGUUGUCGAUUUUUACAUCCUGGCGUUACAGACAAAGGAAACUACACAAUGUUUGAAUUAAUCCGGCCUGUAGUUCCGGGCGAAUAUGGCAGAGAAGAGAAAAGUUAUGGCCGACCAGAACCCGCUCCUAUGGAAUCAGCCUGGGAGAGAGGACUUAGAACCGCAAAAGAAAUGUUACGGAAAUCAAUAAAACGCAAAGAACAGGACAUCGAUUUUGAAGAAAAGAAGAUGAAUUUAAGUUUAGCACAGGAAGAAUUUGACAAAGAAAAUGGCUACUACGGAAGAGUUGCAUCACCGGAACCGAGGUAUGUCCGUCACGUACCUGUAGAAUAUCCACCAGUAGUUCGCGCGCCGCCUCCUACUGAGGAAUAUUACGGACGAAGACAAGUUAUAUAUGAACCAGAUUAUGUUGCACCUCCUCGGGAACGGGUCAGAACCUAUAGGGAAUUACCGUCGCAUCGAAUGCCAGAUUAUUACAAUAACAAAUAUGAAGAUGAAGCUGCUCCAACGAGUACAAAGCAGGCCCGCAAACCUAAGCGUGAAGUAAUAGUGCAAAGGGCAGAAGAGAGGCCAGUUCGAGGAGAUGAAUGGUCAGAUCCCUGGAUGAGAUCGAAAUCACCUGCUGGUAGAAAAAGUGGGAGAAAACGGUCGUAUAGUUCUGGAUCCAGUUAUUCUUCGAGCAGUUCAUCUCGAAGUUCAUCAGAGUCUAGUCGUAGUUCAUUCAGAUCAAGAUCAAGAUCUCAUAACAAAAGAACGGCUAGAUCACAUCGAAGUAGACAUGUUUCACCGUCAGUUAUCGUGUCUGAAAGAAAAGCUGCUAAUGAAAGAGCAGCUCUGAUGAAUCCCCCUGCACCAAGAAAGCGUGCGCCGUCGCCAGGAAUGAUGCGGGUGAGUGCAACAAAUCCCCCAGCACCUCUGAAAGAAGAUCAGUUUGGACGUACACGAAGUAAGAUGGCAAUAGCUGCAGCUUUAGCACGCGUCAAAGGUCGUAGAAGAUCGUCAAAAUCGUCGUCGGACAGUUCUGGUUCAAGUUCCAGCGAUUCGGACUCUUCGGGUUCGAGUAGUUCUUCAAGUCGUGAAGGAAGUUCCCCCAGAAGAGCCUCCGGGGUCGAUAUUUCUAUAGUUAAAGCUAUGGAUGCGCUGAAGGGUGGCGCUGCAGAGAAACGCCAAAUAAAAUUAAAUUUGAAAAACCCAGUAGGAGUACGUAAACCGGAAAUAUCAGACAUCGCGCGUAAAACGGAGGCGCUACAAGGAAAAAAAAGACCCGCGAAUUCACCGCCCCCUAUCGACCCAAAAUCUAAAAAAGCAACAUCACGUAGAGAGGAGCUAUUAAAACAGCUUAAAGCUGUGGAAGAUGCAAUAGCCAAAAAGAGGUCAAAAGUGAAUUGAAGAUGGUUAUGUUUACGUAAAUUCCUUUAUAAGGAAUUUUGCCUAAACCACUGUUUCAAAGAAUUUUUUUUUCUUGACACGUGGUCGAUGUGUGGUGUCAGCACUAAUAAUUGUAGAAUUGUGUCAUUGAUGUGUUACAUGGAUGAUUUCAAAUUAGGUGCUUUUUUCUAGAGUAAGUUAAUAAAUGACUGACGUUUAGCAUUGACUUCUGGUUACUAGAAUUAGUAAUUAUUCACGUAAAUUCAAUUGUGAUUUUAAUAGCCUGUACAAUAUUAGUGUAAUAAAUCAAAAUUAACUUCAUUUUUUUUGUUUAGGUGGUACUAUCUGUACAAUUUUUUGAGUUGAAGGUAAUAUGUGCCUAUGAUGAUCAAAAGACUUGAUGAAUUCUCGAAUAAGUAUUAUUAAGGGGAGAUAUUCAAAACUUGUGUUGAAUGUAUUUUUUUUGUUACUAGUAGGGAAAAAACGAAGAUAAAUUUUCGCAGCUUCAUGUCAACAUGACAAAUUUCAUACAAGUAUUAGUUUAUGCUUUACAGCGUAUGUGCAUGAUGAGUUGAUAUAAAAU